AUCCAACAUCCAGAAUAACGGCUCCGUUGCCAUAGGUGGCGCGCUAACGUCGUACGAACCGUUCGGCCGCGGGGGGAAAAGUGCGAGGAAAAAUUACAAGAAGGAAGAUGCCCCUUGCUUUUCUCCUGUUUCAGCGGCCAGGAUGCGAACACCACAGAACCACCGCAGAUUCGCUCACCGUUUCGUACAAGGGCGAGAUGUUGUUUCGGUGACUGGUACAGUGGCAAUGGGGCGGGAUCAACGCUUUUCCUGUUGGUCUCACCGCUGGCCUUUGACUUGAGGUUGUUUGCAUGGCGUGCAGGAGGGCGCCGGUGGGGGCGUCGGUCUCCGGAGAGCGGGCCUGGAUGCGGGCAACGUGGGGCGGCAGCGACCAACCUCGUCAACCCAACCCUCCUCCACCAAGCGCUGGGAGAUCGAUCACGAACUGCCACUGGAUUGGUCGACAGACAACAUUUUGGGCACGGGCAUUGCACGGGGGCCGGAUCGACCAUGCGGCGUUGAUGUUUGUUUGCGCCAGUGCCGCCCACGGCCUCUGAAAUAAUGUCAAGAAGAAAAAUAUCGAGUUUUGAUAUGACACGGCCAAGUGCUUCUUUUGCUUUCAGCUUUCCCAUCAGCUGGGAAAAGGCGAUUCGAUAGCGCCGGUACGUGGCCGGUAGUUUUUCACCCGCCGUCGGGGUCCGAGUCUCGUGUUUUGGGAAAUUCGACUGGGCUAGCCCAGGCAGGCCACUCGCCAUCACUUCAAAAUCCCAAAACAUGGGGUUAGUAGCGCCCGACACCCCUUGAAUGCCAAGGCUAGCUUUCCUUCCUGGGACGUGUGCCUCAGCAGUGCCACUGGCUGGGCAGCAUCUAGGGGUCUUCCCUGCAUACGCGCCUCUGAUUGGCCUGAUUGGCCUGUCAACGGAGACAAACAUGCGCUCCCUUGGCAGGGUUGGCAGGUGACAUUGCUGAAUUUCGGCCGUCGGCGGCUCAGAUGCCCCCAGCGGCCAACAAAGGUGUGGGAGGUUGGGACCCCGGUGGGAAAGGGGCUCGGCGCCGCUGGAAGGAACAUUGAAAGCGAUGAUGGGUCCCCGUUUGUCAAUCUCUCUCGUUUUUCCCCAUCCCCAUCCCCCAUCGUCAGCAGACAAACUCACGCAUACACGAACUGCCAACACCAAGGCUCGUGUUGCCCACGCUUCUUCAGUCUCUCGUUCACAGCCUCACUGGCGCUUUUCUCUUUUAUACACUCGCUCAUCAUCACCACUUGCCUCGUGCUCUUUUUCAAUCAUCAGCCAUCACUUGACCCGCCUCAGCGCAUAAUCACCACCAACUACUAAUCAACAACAACACACACUCAUCUUUCUUGGAAUAUUCAGCUGUACCUACACUCACAACACUCUCACACCAUGCUUUCCAAGUUUCUCACUCUGGCGCUCGCCGCCUCCAUGGUCUCUGCCCAGACUUACACUGACUGUGACCCCACCAAGAGAUCCGACUGCCCUGCCCGCAAGGCCGUUGGGUCCAAGCCCGUCAACAUUGACUUCCGUCAGGGCAAGAACAAGUUCUUUAAGGAGGCCGAGGGUACCAAGCUCACCUACGAUAAGGAUCUCGGCGCUGUUUUCUCCAUUGCCAAUGAGAACCAGGCCCCCACGAUCGGCAGCGAAGCCUACAUCUUCUUCGGCCAGGUCGAUGUUGUUCUGAGGGCUGCCCCAGGUCCCGGUGUCGUCACCAGCUUCGUGCUCCAGUCUGACGACCUUGAUGAGAUCGAUUGGGAGUGGCUCGGCGGGGAUAAUGCCCAGGUCCAACAUAACUACUUCAGCAAGGGCUGCACCGAGACGUACGACCGCGGUGGAUUCUCUCCCGUCGCCGACCCCAUUGGCGCUUUCCACACCUACACCAUCAAGUGGACCUCGGAGCAGCUCGACUGGAUCAUUGACGGCCAGGUCGUCCGCACGCUCAAGAACACCGGCAUUGAGGGCUGCGCUGGUUAUCCUCAGUCCCCCAUGCAGAUCAAGCUCGGUACCUGGGUUGCUGGUCGUAAGGAUGCUCCCCAGGGCACCAUCGAGUGGGCUGGUGGUCUUGCCGACUUCUCUAACGGACCCUCUGACGGGUACUACCAGAGCCUCAAGAUCAUCGACUACAUGGGUGGCCACAAGGAGGCUACCGAGUACCAGUAUGGCGACAAGUCUGGCACCUGGCAGAGCAUCAAGGUCAUUGGGAGCAGCGGUGUUGUUUCCAGCAGCAGCAGCGUCACCUCCAAGGCCACCACCAAGACUGCCACUUCUGCCACCACUCUUCAGACCGUGACCUCUAGCACUGCUCUCGGUGCUACUAAUGGUACCCUCACUACUGAUGCCACCACCACCCCCACCAGCACAACCGAGGAGGUCACCGAGACCGAGACUGCCAUCCCCACCGGUGCCGCCGGCAAGGUUGCCCUCAGCAACAUGGCCGCCAUGGGUGCCGCCGCUGUUCUCGGCUACCUUGUUCUCUAA